GGCGGGUUCGAACGCGAGUCGCCGGGCGGGGCGGGGCCAGAAUGCCCCCCACGCCCCCCAGCCCGGCAGUGCAGGGGGCGGGGCCCCAUCCCAGAAGGGUUCCCUGCCAAGGGGCCAGGGCAGAGCCGUCGCCUAGCAACGCCCCGCCCCGCCCGCCCCCGAUCCGCCGCGGGCGCCUGCCCCCAGCAUGGCCUGGCCAGGCUGGUCCGCGCCGUGGCUGUGGGUCGUCGGCUGCGGGCUGCUGCUCCUCGUCCUGGUCCUGCUCGCGAGCCCCCGCAGCUGCCGAGCGCGGCGGACCCUCCGCGGCCUGCUCAUGGCGCGCAGCAAGCGGCUGCUCUUCCGAAUCGGGUACAGCCUGUACACCCGCACCUGGCUCGGGUACCUCUUCUACCGCCAGCAGCUGCGCAGGGCUCGGAAUCGCUACCCCAAAGGCCACUCUAGAACCCAGCCCCGCCUCUUCAACGGAGUGAAGGUGCUUCCCAUCCCCGUCCUCUCAGACAACUACAGCUACCUCAUCAUCGACACCCAGGCCCGGCUGGCUGUGGUUGUGGACCCCUCUGACCCUCAGGCUGUACAGGCUUCCAUUGAAAAGGAGGGCGUUGAUUUGGUUGCCAUCCUCUGCACUCACAAGCACUGGGACCACAGUGGAGGGAACCGUGACCUCAGCCGGCGGCACCAGGACUGUCGGGUGUAUGGGAGCCCUCAGGAUGGCAUCCCCUACCUCACCCAUCCCCUGUGUCAUCAAGAUGUAGUUAGCGUGGGACGGCUCCAGAUCCGGGCCCUGGCCACCCCUGGCCACACGCAAGGCCAUCUGGUCUACCUGCUGGAUGGGGAGCCCUACAAGGGUCCCUCCUGCCUCUUCUCAGGGGACCUGCUCUUCCUCUCUGGCUGUGGACGGACCUUUGAGGGCACUGCAGAGACCAUGCUGAGCUCCCUGGACACGGUGCUGGGUCUGGGGGAUGACACUCUGCUGUGGCCCGGUCACGAGUAUGCGGAGGAGAACCUGGGCUUUGCGGGUGUGGUCGAGCCCGAGAACCUGGCCCGGGAGAGGAAGAUGCAGUGGGUGCAGAGGCAGCGGAUGGAGCGCAAGAGCACGUGCCCGUCCACCCUGGGAGAAGAGCGCUCCUACAACCCAUUCCUGAGGACCCACUGCCUGGUGCUGCAGGAGGCCCUGGGGCCAGGCCCGGGCCCCACUGGGGACGACAGCUACUCCCGGGCCGAGCUCCUGGAGAAGCUCCGCCGGCUGAAGGACCUGCACAAGAGCAAGUGACAGCCCCCACCCCAUCCCAGCCCUCCCCCCCGCGGCGGGGAGGCCACCCGUCGCCCGCACCACACCAUCCCUCUCAUCGCUACCACCCGCCACCUCCACCGGCGCCCACGGCGGGCAUCAGUCCCAGCACUGUCAGGGGAGGAGGGUCGAGGUGAUGAGGACGUGAGACCGAGGAGGAGGAGGCUGGUGGAAGGCUUGGAGACCCCACCGGGUGAGGCUGAGUUAUCCAGGGCGAGAGGAAAGGCGGAGCCUUGGGACAUCUCCAGAGCCAGCUGCGAGGGUGCCUCCUCUCCUGCCCUGUUCCUGCCCCGGCAGUGAGGGGUCAUCUUCCCCCUUCUCCCAUCCAGGGUUGGGAAAGACGGUCCCCCAAAGUGGCCUGAGGUGUGGUGCCUUGGAAAAGCGGUCACUCAGAGGGGGAGCUGGGCUCUGGUGUCCUGAGACACUGGCCCUCCUCCCCAAGCCUCCCCCCACCC